UAAACACGCAACACACCUCUUCUCAUUAACAAGUCCUAUACAUACAACAAAACAUCAACUCAUCUUCUUCUCCAACAAACUCACACAUACACAUAGAAACAGAGAGACUAAUAAUCAAAAGAACGUACGAGAGAGAUGACAAAGGUUCACCCUAAAUUCCCAAACACUACAUGCGACGAGAGCUUGUGUGAUAGUAAAGCAGCCGUGGUCUUGACGGUGUGGAAGAAGUCCCUUCUCUUCAACUGCGACGGCUUCACAGUUUACAACGCCAAUGGUGAGCUUGUCUUUAGAGUCGACAACUACAUGAAUUCUCCUAGAGACAACAUCGUCCUUAUGGAUGCUUCCGGUCUCCCCCUCCUCUCCGUCCGCCGCAAGAAGUUGAGUUUUGGAGAUUGCUGGAUGGUAUACGAUGGAGAAACAGCGAGAGACCCAAUCUUGACGGCGAGAAAGAACGUUAACAUAAUAUCAAACCGGAGAAGCUUGGCGUGGGUUAGCACAAAGAAGACGGUGUUGUACGAGAUAGAAGGAUCAUACGGUCAAAGAAGCUGCAAGAUAGUGGACGAGAGGAGGAACAAGAAGAAAACAGCGGAGAUCAAGAGGAAAGAGACGAUGAUCGGAGGAGUUGCCUUUGGCAAAGAUGUGUUUAAGCUCAUAGUUGAAUCGGAGAUGGAGCCUCGUGUGGCCAUGGCAUUGACCAUCAUCCUCGACCAGAUGUUUAGAUCUUCUUGAAUUUUCUUCACCCUCUUUUUUUUUUUUUCACGGUUUAAAGAUUUUAACGUGUAUAUUAGUUUACUUUUUUUUUAUGUAAUUUUUAUGCAAAGUGUUCCUUCCUAAAUGUACACAUGGAUAGAGACAACUUUAGAAA